AUGCUAUUUUAUUUCUUUUUCUCUUUUUUUUGGUUUUUGACGAAUUGCCGCACGUGCUGUGGGAGAGAUUCUGAAAGGACCUGCCGAUGCAAACUUCCAAGCCCGGAGUUCGCUGAACCCGGAGCUGGAGGGGCUGCGCAGCUGCACCACAGGGAGUCUUGGAACCGGUCAAGACGGGAUACAGGAAAACAAGAUAGUCGAUUGAUAGAUAAGACUCCUAAGCUCUCACGGUGGGGUGAAGUUUCAACGCCGCGAUUGGUGGUUAAUGGGGCUUCACAACGGCGACGCAACGAGAUAAAAGGGAGGAGGAAACAGAGAAGAGAAAACAGAGGAAAACCCUUCCAGCCUGGUUUUGAGAAUUCGGGAUCAAAGAGGGAAAAAAAGAGAAGAAAAAGAAAAAUAAUUGAAAGGUCCACCCGGCGCACUGUUCCAGGAAAAGUUCCGGGAUAUCGAUCGGAGACGGGACGAGUUCGAGGGGAAGAGAGCAACGAAACAAGUACGGAGUAUGGGAACAGCAAUAUUUUUGCGACUCCACAGAGGGGCGAAAGCGUGCAAGGCAAGCCACUUUGGAGCGGAGGAGGUUCGACGGCCGAAGGAAGACGCCUGCAUGAGCGUGCCGGGAGGGUCGGGAUGGAGCCUCUGCGGCUGCCCUGGGUUGACCCGAAGAAUCGCUCUGUGUGCCUUCGCCCGGCGCUUGCUGCGAGAGUUCCGCUUGCGGUUUGCUCUGAGGAAUUUAAGCCGGGCCGGGCUCUGCUAUAUCCCAGCCAUUCCAUUGGCCAGCGAGUGGAGGGGCUGUGCGCGCUUAUUGGCCGUGGCAACGAGGCCUAA